AUGCAUACAACCGCCGCCAUUUCUUCGUCUCCCAUCCUCAUCUUCCUCGCAGUGUCGCCGCCCCCCACCGCCGCCGCCGCUCCAGCAUCUGUGGCGCCGUCCCUUGCACCCAAGGCCAACGACAGCAGGAAGGCGGUGGUGCCUGUGGACGCGUCGGAGCUGGAGAAGCACGUGCUGGCGGUGGACGACAAAUCCAUCGACCGCGCCGCGAUCGCUAGGAUCCUGCGCGGCUCCAGGUACAGGGUGACCGCCGUGGAGUCGGCGAUGCGCGCGCUGGAGUUGCUCGCGAUGGGCCUGCUCCCCGAUGUCAGCAUGAUCAUCACCGACUACUGGAUGCCUGGGAUGUCCGGGUACGAGCUGCUCAAGCGCGUCAAGGAGUCGGCGGCGCUCAGGGGCAUCUACGUCGCCAUCAUGUCGUCUAUGACCAUCGUGAUUUAUACAUUUUCAAACAAAAUUUUACGAUAG